AUGCACUUGCUAGAUCUAUACUCAUUGGUGAUUCGUUGUGGUGGUGUGUUUUUAUCAUACUUGGUGUAUGGCAUAUACCAAGAAAAAAUUACCAAAACUAAGUAUGGUCCAGAAAAAGAGUCUUUCAAUUUCUACUUAUCACUUCUCCUUUUGCAAUGUGCGGUGAACUUUAUUUUUGCGAAAAUAGUUUUAAAAUUAAACCCAGAAUCUCCAUCUACUGCGAGGGGAUAUAAGUUCGCCAUGUGUGGUUUUGCCUAUAUUACUGCAAUGUUUGCAAGCAAUACAAGUUUGAGUUAUGUCAGUUACCCAACUCAGGUGGUAGGAAAGUCCAUAAAGCCGGUACCUGUCAUGCUUCUGAGUGUUCUGCUAGGGAAACGACGUUAUCCACUGCAAAAGUACAUUUUUAUGACUAUGAUUUCUGUUGGUGUGGCGCUUUUCAUGUAUAAGGGGCAUUCGACAGUAGAGCUCACAGGCGGCUUUGGUUUUGGAGAGCUUCUCUUGUUGUGUUCUUUACUUUUUGAUGGCAUUACUGCUGGUCUUCAAGAAGAUCUAAAAAGACAUAAUGUUGGUCCAUGCACACUUAUGUCGCAUAUGAACUUUUGGUCUGUCAUUUUCGUACUUGCUGCAAGUUUAGCUACCGGGGAAGUUUUGAAAUUUGUGAAAUUCGUGGAAAAGUAUCCUCACGUUCUUCCUGAUAUGGCUAUUUUCUCCGUGAUAAGUGCUGUUGGUCAGUUAUUCCUGUUCGGUUUGAUCACAAAUUUCAGUCCACUAACUUGUUCAGUUGUAACGACAACACGGAAAUUUUUCACAGUUCUCUUCUCAAUUAUUCUAUUCAGUCAUACUAUGACCAAUCGCCAGUGGAUUGGAACUGUCUGCGUAUUUUCUGGUUUACUGCUUGAUCAAAUCUAUGGGAAAACGCCUUCUAAACAAACAUUGAACAAUAAGAAUACUAGAAAUGGUACAGUGAAAUCUGUUAAUAGACGUGAUAAAUCUGAAGGAGGAGAAGAAGUAGGAAAGAGUGAAAUAGACAAAGCGAAAUAA